AUGAGUGACUAUAGUUUAGGAUACCCUGAAUCAAAUGACAGGUCCAAACUACUAGCUAGCGGCAGCUACGAACUUGACCACAACAACAGUCCAAGAAAACAUGUGUCCUCACUGACAAUCCCAGAUGAUAACGAUAACGAUAACGAUAAUGAUAAUUGCAAUAAUGGUAGUGGUGGUGCCACGUCAAAUCGUCCAAUCCAUUACAGCCACACCCUUCCUCGGAGCUACAUCAACAAACGAAACUCAGUCAUACUAGCCAACACGGGAGAAAGAGUACAUCGAUCAUUUACAUUUCAACUACCGCAAGAUUUGGAACAGCCGCUCGAGGCGGAUAUCGUUUACCAACAACCAAGGACCUGGGCACGACUAUGGGCUCCAAUAAAGCAAGUAUACCACAACGAGGUGUUUCGAAGCGUGCUGAAAUGCGCCAUAGCUUAUUUCAUUGCCUCGCUUGGUGUGUUCUAUACUCCCUUUGACGAUUUCUUGGGCUCCACCGACUCAAAGCACAUUAUAGCAACAGUCGCGGUCUAUUUCCACCCAGCGCGCACCAAAGGCUCGAUGAACCAGACGAUGAUCUUUGUUGUUAUUUCGCUCUUGUUCAGUUUUGCCGUUUCGUUUGGCUGCCGAUUUAUCUCGUCGACUUUUUUCACCCACGGUAAGGAUGAUGUGAGCCAUUUUAUCGAUUUAUUGGUGAGCUCGGUUGCGUUGGGUGUAGUUUCGUUUAUGAAACAAAAAGUCAAUAAGCAGACGUUCAACACGGCGUGUUCGUUGGCGUGCAUCUCGAUCGUGGCGUGUAUUGUGAAAGAAGGGAGCAUGAAUGCUGGUAAUAUUCCAAUUGGCAGAAUCGAGGGAAUUUUCCAAGUAGUUGCCACGGGCUCGUUGAUUUCGUUUUCCUGCUGUUAUCUCAUUUGGCCCAGCAGCGCUACAAAACUCUUGCAGGAUUCAUUGAGCCAAUCGUACCAAAACUAUUCGCUAGUGUUGCUUACGUUGACGAGAAGAUUUGUCGCUGGUGAGCAAUUGACCAAAAGGGACUCGCAAUUAAUCGACAUUCUUCGCAAGAAUGUCACCACGAUGCAGCAAAAUCUUGAAGAGGCGAAAUACGAGCUUAGAUUGUGGGGGGAAGAAGAAGAGUGGCAGUAUUACAAGUCGUUGGUUGCACUCACCAUCUCCUUGGCGCGACAUUUACAAGCUUUGACGUCUGCUACUCGAAUGCAAUGGAGUUUGCUCAACAAUGGGCGCAAGGGCUCCAAAGGUUCCGACACAAACAAGAGCUCUGCAAGCACCUUGAAAAGCUUCACCACUGAUGAGUUGGUUGGCACGCCGCCAUCACUUGCAGGAGUUGGCUACUCAGGCCAAACUCGAGCCAUGGAAAACGGAGAAGAAGAAGCACAAGAAGAAGAAGAAGAAGUCGACGUGGCUACAUCGCUAGAGCUUUUUGACCUAUUUGUCUACCACUUGUCGCCGUCGAUAAAAUCAUUGGUUUUCACAAUGAAGGAUGUCUUGACUGGUGUUCCUUCGAAUCGACACGGGAAGGAGUUGAUGACCGACUCGCAAACACUCAAAGUGGCCUUGCAAAGAGCCAUCCUCAUGUAUGAAAACCGCCAAAACAUGUCAUUUGAGCAAAUCUACAGCCAGGAAUCAUUUACGAAAAGCUCCAAUUAUCAAUUUAGAGCCGAGCAAGAGGAAGUAGCUGCGUGUUGUGGGAACUUUGCCAUUUUGCUCAAUCAAUUUGCAACCGAGUUGCUCAAAUGCGUCGAGUUGGACGAGACUCACGAAACUAGCCCUAAAAAGCCCAGGUCAUGGCCGUGGUUGCGCCGGUCGCGCUACAAGCUCGAAAAGGACUAUAUCCACGAUACUAGUCUCCAUGCAGCCUUGGACGAUCUUCGAGACCAGUACAAUUUGCCAAAACCCAAGCCCGUCUUUGGCUCAACAUGGGAAAAAGUGAGCUAUGGGUUAUGGAAAUUCACCAAAUACUUGAAACGAACCGAUGUGCAGUUUGGUAUCCGAGUAGGGCUUGGCGCUGCUGUAUUGUCGGUGUUUGCCUUUAUCCACAAAACGGGGCCAAUUUUUGAAAAAUGGAGAUUGGAAUGGGCGUUGACGGUUUACUGUAUCAUGAUGAACAAGUCCCUCGGCGGCACAACCAUGACGGUCAAAUGGAGACUCUUGGGGACAUUCCUUGGUGCAUUUGUCGCUUAUACCUCGUGGAACAUCUUUAACGCCAAUGCGUAUUUCCUUUCCUUGACCGGUUUCUUGAUUGCAAUACCAUCAUUCUACAUCAUUUUGUUUUGGAAGCUGGAUAAUGCCUUUGGAAGGUUUAUUCUUUUGACCUAUAACUUGACCAUGCUCUAUUCAUACAGCAUGUUGCAAAAAGAUGCAGAAGACGAUAUGGAAGGCGGCGAUGAGCCCAUCAUUGGCGAGAUUGCGUUCCACAGAUUUGCAGCCGUCUCCAUCGGGAUAAUCUGGGCCUUGACCAUGGCAACUUGCUUUUUGCCAAAUAGUGCACGCUCGAGGUUGAAAAAUGGCCUCUCUGUGCUCUGGUUGAGAUUGGGGGUCAUUUGGAAUAGUGAUCCGUUGGAGUACGAUCCCACCACGAUGACAUUGGUUGGCUUCAAGGCCGAAGAGGGAACAAACAAUAUCUUGUCCGAGUGUGAAACGUUGUUGAAGCAGGCACCGGUUGAGUUUCGCUUCAAGGGCAAGUUCCCUACGCAAACGUAUUCCCAGCUCAUCAAAGAGUCCUCUGCCAUCAUUGAUGCGUUUCAAAACUUGGACUUGUUGAUCAAAGUCAACCCAUUGCUCACUUCAAAAGAAGAGUACGUUCUAAAGUAUAUCGAAGUUGAGAGAAGCGAGGUGGAGCAGAGAAUCUUUUUGGUAUUUUACAUGAUUGCCAGCGCAAUGAAGCUUGGGUUUUCCUUGCCAAAGAAGUUUGCCUCGAUAGAGCAUGCCAAGGAUAGGAUGUUGUAUAAGCUCAGCGAGGUGCGGCAACAGCUGGACGAAGGGUUGAAUUUGCACAACGACGAUUUCAUUUUGUUGUACUCGUACAUCUUGGUUGCUUCAAACGUCUCGGCUUCUUUGGAUACCAUAUUGAUCCUGAUUAAAGAGUUGCUCGGUGAGAUAUCGGAGGACAAGUUUAGGCUUGUUUAA